CCUUCUCCGCCGCUGUGCUGUUUUUGCUCGGAAGCCUUUGAGCUUCCGAGGUUUUGAUGCUUGAGCCGCAAGGUUUCCUAGCCGUUCAAGCAUGGUUGGAGCCGCCCUGUGCUCCCCCCUCCGACGACCCUCCCGGGUCUAUUUGGCGACUCUCGCUUUCUCCUGCAGAUCUUGUUAGGGGUUCGCUGUUUUUUUGGGUUGUUUGCGGAUUCGGCGGUGGUCACUCCAUCCGGCAGCUUCUCGGUGGGGUUGCACGCGGGGGAUCCCAGAUCUGGCAACCUCGCGACCCACCUGCUGCCUCUGCCGGAUCGGGUCUCUGCAUCGGCAUCCGGGAGCCUGGCGCACCUUCCACAUGGGUAGAUUGAAGGGUGUCCCGUUCGGAUUGCUCGACCGAAGGCCGCGGUAUAGCUGGGUUCUUAAUGGUUGUUCGAGUGUCAUGUGCACCUCCCUUCGGCCUCUGGAUUUGGGUCUACUCUAAUUUCUUGCUCCUGUUGUAUUUUUACUGUUUAUUUAUGCUGUAGAUGCCGUAUGGCAGUGUUUGA